GAAGUGAAGUCAGUGUCAGUGAUGGAGGGAGAUUCUGUUACUUUAAACACUAAUAUUACUGAAAUACAGAUUAAAGAUGAGAUCGAGUGGAUGUUUGGUGUUGAGAGUCCAGAUGAGAUCAUAGCUCAAUUUAUCAGAGAAGACAAAACAACAUCAUUUAAUGAUGAAAGAUUCAAGAAUCAUUUAUAUCUGAAUCAUCAGACUGGAGAUCUCAUCAUCACAAACAUCACAAACAAACACACUGGACUUUAUAAAGUAGAGAUCAACAGACAACCUUCUGUUAUCUUCAGACAAUUCAAUCUUACUGUUUAUGCUCGUCUACCCGUUCCUGUCAUCUUCAGUAAAUCUUCACAGUGUUCUUCAUCAUCAUCAUCAAAUUGUUCAUUAUUGUGUUCAGUGUUGAAUGUGAGAGAUGUGAGUCUGUCCUGGUAUAAAGGAAACAGUUUAUUGUCCAUCAUCAGUGUGUCUGAUCUCAACAUCAGACUCUCUCUUCAUCUGGAGGUUGAAUAUCAGGAUACAAACACAUACAGAUGUGUACUCAACAAUACCAUCACAAACCAAACUCAACAUCUCAACAUCAAUCAACUCUGUCAGACGUGUUCAGCUGAUGUCUACUGCUGUUGUGGUUUUACUGAAGUUGUGAUCCAAUUGGUCGUCUCUGCUUUGGUGGGCGUGGCUGCUGUUGCUUUUUUGGUUUAUGACAUCAGAACCAAAUAAGAAUCUCCAUUAACUUCCAAUGAAUCUAACAAGAUUUUAAAAGAAGAUUGUUUUUUGUU